AUGCGGUUAAGCAAUCAAUCGAUCAGGAAAAAAGGGGGGGAUGCCGGGAAAGCAUCACCUUCCUCAUCAUAUAAGCAUAUGAAACAUAUAAACGAGAAACAUCCUGCUCAUGAGAACAUGGAUAGAGGAGCAUGCGAAGAUAGAUUGAAUUUCACCACCUACAACCAACAACUAAUCCACAAAGAAAUUAUGGGGUCCAAUGAAAUAAAAUUCGAAUAUCCCAAGCACGAUUCAGAGUACACUUUCUCGACCUCGUCAACAUUCGUCAACGAGGACAACGAAUCCGGUGAACCCCUGAAGAGCUUCGAGAAAAGGCUAUUGCGUAAAAUCGAUGUUCGCCUGAUGCCUAUCACGAUAUUGACAUUUUUUGUUGCUUGUUUGGAUAGAUCGAAUAUUGGCAACGCUCGGUUGGGCGGGUUGGAGAAGGAUCUAGGACUGUCAAGUGGACAAUAUCAAAUCGCCUUGGCUGUAUUCUUCAUUGGCGAGGUGGUGAUGAAGAUUCCAUCGAAUAUGGUACUCCAUAAAUUUGCGCCGUCAAAAUGGAUUCCAUUCAUAAUGAUUGUCUGGUCGGCUGUAACCUGUUGCAUGGCCGUGAUACAGGAUUAUAAAGAUUUGAUAGUCACACGUGUGCUCCUGGGGAUUACGGAAGCAGGGUUGGCACCGGGGAUAAUAUACUUGCUAAGUAUGUGGUAUAGCCCCAAAGAACUUGCCACUCGAUUUGCGGUUUACUAUUCGGGCGGAGUUUCGGCCGGUGCCUUUGGAUUUCUCACCGACAAAGAGCGUGUCUACCUGAUGACCCAACUUGGUGACGAUUCGAUGACCACAAAGCAACCCGUGUCCACAAAGGAAUUUACGAAAAACGGCAUUGUCCUCGCGUUCAAGGAUUGGAAAAUCUAUCAUACCAUGCUUAUAAAGACCAUCUGCGGGAUCACCAUAAAUUCCAUAACAUUGUUCCUACCGACAUUGCUUUACUCCAUGGGCUUCGACAUCCUGAAGAGUCAACUCUUGACCGUUCCACCUUAUCUAGUUGCAAUGUGUUUCUCGUUGUUGGUCGCAUUACAUUCCGACAAAGUCGGCGAGAGACCGGCUCACGUUAUCGGGCCGGCUCUGUUGGCUAUUUUGGGUUUUGUGUUGAUGAGUGCUUCUUUGAAUAGGGGUGUCUCGUAUUUUGCCACCUUCUUGUGUUCUUCAGGAGUCUGGACCAUGUCUCCAAUAAUGUUAACUUGGGUUGCAGACAUAUUCCCUUUCCCACAUGAAAAGCGUUUGAUCGCUCAAGCCAUGGUCCUUACCUUGUCAAAUAUUUCAGGGAUAAUCUCAUCAAACCUCUAUCCAUCACGAGACGCCCCUUCAUAUCGUAAGAACAAUCCAUUUCAUCUAUUCAACAUCAUUAUUGCCCACUUAUCUUACCAUUGA